AUGAUGUGCACGGCUCUGAGCCCCAAGGUACGCAGUGGACCUGGCCUUUCUGAUAUGCAUCAGUAUAGCCAAUGGCUGGCCAGCAGACAUGAAGCGAAUCUGCUACCGAUGAAAGAAGAUCUGGCCUUGUGGUUAACCAAUCUAUUAGGGAAGGAGAUUACAGCAGAAACUUUUAUGGAAAAAUUGGAUAAUGGUGCCUUGCUCUGUCAACUUGCAGAAACUAUGCAGGAGAAAUUCAAAGAGGGCAUGGAUGCUAACAAGCCUACAAAGAAUCUGCCUUUGAAGAAGAUUCCGUGCAAAGCCUCUGCACCCUCAGGCUCCUUUUUUGCCAGAGACAACACAGCAAAUUUCUUAUCCUGGUGCCGAGAUUUAGGGGUAGAUGAAACAUGUCUAUUUGAAUCGGAAGGUUUGGUCCUCCACAAGCAGCCCAGAGAAGUGUGUCUCUGUUUGCUAGAGCUUGGCCGGAUCGCAGCCAGGUAUGGUGUGGAACCUCCUGGGUUGAUAAAAUUGGAAAAAGAGAUUGAACAAGAAGAAACACUUUCUGCCCCCUCUCCUUCACCUUCUCCUUCAUCAAAGUCUUCUGGAAAAAAGAGUACGGGGAACUUACUGGAUGAUGCAGUGAAGCGAAUUUCUGAAGAUCCUCCCUGCAAAUGCCCAAGCAAAUUCUGUGUGGAGAGGCUGUCCCAAGGAAGAUACCGAGUGGGAGAAAAGAUCCUCUUCAUUAGGAUGCUGCACAACAAACAUGUCAUGGUCCGUGUGGGAGGAGGAUGGGAAACUUUUGCGGGGUAUUUGUUGAAACACGACCCCUGCCGGAUGCUGCAGUUCUCCCGUGUGGAUGGCAAAACGUCCCCCAUCCAGAGCAGGUCUCCAGCUCUUAAGGACAUGAAUCCAGAUAAUUACCUGGUGGUCUCUGCCAAUUAUAAGGCUAAGAAGGAGAUUAAGUAAAACUAGCUGGUCACUAUAACUGGACUCUCCUGAUGGCCUGUACCCAUUUCUCCAGUGUAGUUAGUUUAGUUCACAUGCUCUGACAAUUACUUUGGAAAAAGGUGUAACAGACAGAAAAAAAAUGUCAUUAUUAUUAAAAUGUUCAGAGUAGCACUAUUUAUUUUGAUGCUUCUGUAGAACAUGACCAAUUAAAAGAAGUUCUAGACUCAGAUUUAAAUUAGAAGAGUUGUAGGCAAAGUAUUAUUUCUUGAUAUGUGAACACAGUAUUUAGUACGUGAUACUGGAAGUACAACUCUAGCUAGAGAUAAAAACUAUUAGAAGAAAACAUUUAGGAUUUAUAGAUAAGUCAACAGAAAGUGCCUACUUUAUGUCUACAAAGUAAAAGCACCCCAGACAUUUUUAUAAUUGCAGGAUUUUUAAGCUAAUUUUAAAAAAGUGACAAUUAGUGUGAUAAUGUGCUACUAAAUACAUUCAACAGCACUACAAAAUAAGUACAGAGUGUUCAUAACAGUAACACUUUACUAGAAAGGCCACUUCAGAAAACUUUACUUUCACUUGGAAGAUUGCCUUAAAGUUUAUUCCUUAUCUAUGACCAAAUAUCUGGGGUACUUUUGGAAGUUUUCAGUACACCCCUUAGAGAAUCACUUAUGAAGUGUUUCACAUGUUCCUAAGCAGUUGAGGGUGACUUACAUAAGCUGACAUACAUUUAUAUUUUGACAGAAUAAACUGUACAGUCAAAUGUUCAUUGACUUCAUGUUAUUUUAAAGCAUUUUCUUAUGAAAAUAUAUCUUUAGUUAAUCCUACUUUGCUAUGCUGUCUAGUAAAGUAAAUUCACUGUAGCUGAUGUUACAGACUUAUGUAUAUCCUUGUAUACCUAGGACAGGGCUGUUGUGUACCCAUAAACAGCAAACUAUUGUCCUCACUGAUUAAAGAAUUAAAAAGAUAAAUUUA